AUGACUCCGAUCACUAAGCCGUUCUCAGGCGACGUCAAGAUCAAGAACGAGGACAGCGUGAAGCAGCUGAACGCCGUGCCCCUCAGCGGCAACCAGGAGUUCGACACUGACAACGGCAAGAAGGCCAUCAGGAUCGAGAUCAGCAGCGCCUCCUUCACCAACAUGGGCAGCCUCAGGAGGUCCAGGAAGACCACCCUGGAUGCUAACAGGCACCUGUUGUCCGGCAGCUUCAGCCUCGACAACGUCAACGUGAGAGCGAACUACAAGCUCUCCAUCGACAAGAUCGGCGAGGCCCCCGCCAACACGGCCACGGGCCAGGCCUCCUUGUUGGCGCAGAAGGUCUUCGCCGAUUUCGUGUUCAUGGUUGACGCCAACGGCCUGCCGGUGGGCAUCCAGUCCUGGAGAGCUCGCGUGGGAAGGCGCACAUACCUCGGAACCCCAAACCUCAACGGAAAUCCUUACAAGGAUGUGUUCAACAGCGUCCUGGACAGCACUCUGAGGAGCCUCGUGGAGAGAGUCGUCGAGAAGGACUUGUACAACCUCGUGAACAACCAGGUCGUUGGGGAAAUGGAACUGCAGUAGACGGCGCCCGAGAAUAGGACAACAAACAGGCGGCGGCGCAUUCAUGUCCUCGACAUGUUUUGCGACGACCGAUCAGCUGACGAUCUACGAUACGAACUGAUUCUUGCUUAUGUUCUUGCUCUUAGGCCGUCUACUUUGUAUACUUUGGUGAAAGUGUAUCAUCAGUUGACGUUUUCUUAUAUAAUGUGAUAACUAGAUUGUCCAUCAGUUUCCUGAAUAAAUAUAUC